GCACACCUGGAGACCCUUACUCAGGAAAACAACCUCACCACACACACACACAGCUUUGUUCCUAUUGUUCUGCUUUACCUAUAGGAUGGAUUACAUCUUGCUUGUCUGACAUGUAACAUCUUCUGAGUAGCUGAUCAACACCUCGAAAUACAACAUCGAACCAUUAUCUUGAAGGGGAAAUAGAGAGCACGAAGAAGUCUGAAAUCCCCUUUGAGUAUCCUGAACGAAAUACAGCACUAUGUUCGAAAUCGUUUCUUCUGACCUUAUAUGGCUGUGUGGGUGCAGUUCUCUCAGACGCGUGGCAACCGGCCAGAUUCUCAGAUUACUGUCGUUCGCCAAAACCGGUUUAGAUCUACCAGUAACUAGACUGAAUGUGCCAUAUUUCUCCGCUCUGUCGUUUGAAUUCUGCUGUAGCCUACACUCUUUUACACACACACACACACACACCCGUUGAAGUCAUAUUUCUUGCGCACCAUUGAUAUGCUACAUUUCCAGUGAGCAAACAGAGACCUGUGUGGGAGACUCAGUUAUUUUUUGCGACUGACUAUUUCGCCCAGCAAUGGCGCAGCAACAUAACCAGCACAUAGUGAUCUCGUUUGUCUGUGAAGAAGCCAUUUUGAAAUUGAGAACAGAACAGCAGAGAGAAGCCAUUAAACAACAGUACAUAUAAAAAGGUCGUUUUUGGACAAGUGGGAGCAAUGAGAUGUCUACAAGAUUAAUGACCCCUUAAAGCAUUUCAGUGCUCCCAAUAAGACAUCUUUCUAUUGGAUUACAUGUUUAAUUAACUGUGUUGCAUCCCCACCCCUCCCUUAAGCCAAUAUUAGAGGAUCCGAAGAUGGGAAUGAAAACGUUCCAUUUCCCCCUGCAUUUAGGCCUGAUAAAUGUAUUUCGUCACAAUGUUAAGGUUUGGCGAACGGCAUGGACAACCACCAUCCCGUUUGCAGUUCGGGAGAGAAACGAAGUCACCAUUGGAGAAGUUUCAAGUUGAUUAUUGACCCAGCUUUGAAAAAGGGAUCGCACAAACUGUAUCGUUACGAUGGAACGACUUUUAACAUGCCCAACCCUGGGAUGCCACCCGUCGAUAUCGUCCGAGACCCGAGAAUCGGUCGUCUCUGGACAAAGUACAAGGAGACCGAUCUGCCGGUUCCGAAGUUUAAGAUUGACGAAUGUUACAUCGGCCGUGUUCCACCCAAGGAGGUGACAUUUGCUAGGCUGAAUGAUAACAUCAGAGAAGGUUUUUUGACUGACAUGUGCAAGAAAUUUGGAGACAUAGAAGAGGUGGAAAUUCUCUACAAUCCGAAGAACAAAAAGCAUUUAGGAAUAGCUAAAGUUCUUUUUGGAACUGUAAAAGCAGCCAAGGAUGCUGUCCAGACUCUACACAACACGUCUGUCAUGGGCAACAUCAUCCACGUGGAGCUGGAUCCUAAAGGAGAGAAUCGCCUUCGAUACUUCCAGUUACUUCUGAAUGGCACCUUCACCCCUCGGACACUUCCGGUGGGAGGAGAAGUGUCCCCUCGUAGCCUGGCAGAGGCUCUUCUGGCCUGUGAACCCUUGCGCCGGCUCUCUGAGAGCAGCUCAUCUGCUGCAGUGGGAGGCACAGUGAUCCCCAGCGGCGCCGCCACCAACACCACCCCACUGUCCCAGGACACGGCUUACUCUAGCCUAAGGCAAGACACGCCGCAGUCCCAGGGCACCCCUCAUACCCCUCGCCAGACCAGCACCCCCUUCUCUCAGGACUCCAGCUAUUCCAGCAGACAGGGCACCCCAGCCUACCAGUCUAGCCGGGCCGAAGGCUCCGGAAGCUACAAGUCUCGCAGACACGAGAGCAAGUUCCAGGAUGCCUACAACCGGAGACCGGAGAGGCGCUACGUCCAUGGUGCUGGGGGAUCGGGAUCCUCCUCAUCCUCCUCCUCUUACCGAGGCAAUUUUGAACAGUCUGCCUUUAAACAGCACCAACCUGCACCACCUGAACCCCCUCCCUCUGCCUCAUCCUUUGCCCACACACCUCCUCCCCCUACCAGUGCCAGCUUUAAGUCAGCCUUCUCCCCCUACCAGCAGGCCCCCAUGCCCCCUGCGUUCCCCCCCUCAGAACCUCCGAUCCACCAGCCCGUCCAGCGGGAGGCGGAGUACCGGAGACCCCCUCAGCCCCCCAUGGCCCCUGCCACUGACUUCAUGCCAGUCAAGGAUAAGCCAGGUACUCCACCCAUUCCAGAACCCCCACCUGAACCCAAGGCCCACCCCAGCACCCCCCUUGCCCGGAAACUAGAGCACUGCCCACCUUCUCCCGGCACCCCGACGCUGGAGUCAGAGCGAAAUAGCCUGGACUCCCGUAUCGAGAUGCUGCUCAAGGAGAAAAGGACAAAGCUUCCCUUCCUUCCUGGAGGCGACUCAUCAGACACUGAGGUGCGUAUGGAGGGGAGCCCCAUCUCCUCCUCUUCCUCUCAGCUGUCCCCCAUCCCUCCUUAUGGGGGCACCCACACCUCUCGGCCCUCUAGCACAGGCCUGGAGGACGUCAGCCCCACGCCCCUGCCUGACUCCGAUGAUGAGGAGCCCAUCCCAGGAACAGGCUUGCUCCUCGAGAGGGUCAUCUCCCCAGACCAUCUCCAUGGGAUGAACACCAGUGACCUGAAGGAUGGUCGCCUCGGAAACCACACACCCACAGACAAAUUGGAGAGCCAUCAGUCUUCUGGGGAAGACAUGGAGAUCUCGGAUGAGGACGACAUGCCAGGCACGCCCACGCACAGUGGCGACUGUGCCAAAGGCAUCGUGGUCCACUCUGCUGUGUCCCCCAUGCAGUCUAUGCCCCUCCCACCCCCCGGCUUUCAUCCUCUACCUCCCCAAGCGGGCUUCGGUCUUCCACACCACCUCUCUGCCGUUCCGGGCCCACACCUGGCAUCUGGAGUGCCCCACCCCAUGCUGCCUCACCUCUACCCCCAUGGCAUGGUGCCCAUGAUGCAGAUGGAGCUGAUGAGCUGCCUGCCUCAAUGGGGCAGCGUUCACAUGUCCUUCCAGAUGCAGACCCAAAUGCUGAGUCGCAUGGCCCAGACCCGGGGGCCCUACCCCUACCCACCCUUCAUGAACACAGGAGGGACGGCUUCAGCUGGGUCAGCAGCCAUGCAGUUUGGGGGUCCCUACAUACCCUUGUCCAUGAGUAGCACCCCAGCUGCCAGUGCAGGGGGCCACGGGCAGCAACCUUGGCCCCAUCCUAGCAUGCCCAAGUUCAACCCUGCCGUUCCUCCACCGGGCUACGAGGCUAAGAAGGAGGAUCCUCACAAGGCCACUGUGGAAGGGGUGCUGCUGGUCAUCGUCAAGGAGCUGAAGGCCAUCAUGAAGAGGGACCUCAACCGUAAGAUGGUGGAGGUGGUAGCCUUUAGGGCCUUUGACGAGUGGUGGGAUAAAAAAGAACACUCAGCCAAGGCGUCCCUGACCCCGGUGAAGGCUGGCGAGGAGGAGAAGGAGAAGCCCAAGCUCAAAGAGACCAUGGGCUCCAGUCUACUGGAGAACUGGAACAAGGGAGAAGGCCUAGGCUAUGAGGGUAUGGGCCUGGGCAUCGGCCUCCGAGGAGCCAUCCGCCUGCCCUCCUUCAAGGUGAAGAGGAAGGACCCUCCUGAUGCCACCUCCACCGGGGACACUAAGCGAGCGCGACCCUCCACGCCUGUGGACGAUGAGCUGGAGGACAUAGCGGAGCUUCCAGAAGACGGGUCCAGGAUGGACGAGGACAGCGCGGCAUUACGGAGGCGACAUGCGCGGCCGCUGGAGCUGGACAGCGAGGGAGAGGAGGAAGUAGAGACUUCUGGGAAAGAGGAGUCUCUGUCCGAUAGGGAGGAGGAGCCUGACGAGACAGAGGCCUCUGAGAGGUUGUCAUCGGGCAAGGAGAGUGGAGAGGAUGAGGACGAAGAUGAGGCGGCCUCAACCAGUGAUGAUGAAUCAUCGGAGUCGUCGGAUGAGGACGUUGCCAGUUCAGCAUCCUCGAAAGUUGUCUCUGAUUCCUCUGCGAGUGGGGACUCCUCUGACUAUGAUUCCAGUUCAGAGGAGGAGGCAGAAGAAGAGGAGGAAGAGGAGGAGGAGGAGGCGGCGGUAGAUGUGGAGAGUCUACCGGAUAAAGACGAGGACCGGGUUCGGACAUCUUCGUCCUCAUCCUCCUCUUCGUCUUCCUCAUCUGAGGAGGAGGUGGAGCCCAAGGCGCCCAGCACUCCCUUAGGUCCUCCCCCAGAGGACGAGCCCUCCGAGCUGGCUUGUUUAGAGGAAGACCAGAGGCCUAGGGAGGGGCUGAAGCUCAAGCCCAACCACAGAUCCCUCAGCGAGGUGGCGGGAGCAGUGGAGCCUGGCCGGACCAGCCUGGAGGACCUCCGGCCCCCUUCACCCAAAGGAGUCCCAGCUGAGGAGUCGGACCUUGACCUGGAAGUCGCCAUCCCUGUAUUGAAGACAGAGCCCCAGGAUGAUGUUACUAACCUGCGGCCGCCCACCCCGACAGGCUCCCUGGCUGACAGCGACCAGGACUCUCGACCCAAGGCCCACACAGAGGACAAGGAUCUGCCCUGUACGCCAGGUAGAGGGGCUUCCACAUCCCUGGAGCGCGACACAGCCCUCCUAAGAUCCCUAGUAGUCCCACCUAUGCACCUCCCCCUCCCCCCUUACCCAGCCAUGGGAGGCCACUCCCUCCUGCUACCGCCUCCCGGCCCCAUGCCGGACCUCCCCCUCCCCUUUAGGGCCAGGCUGUCCACAGACGAGGAUGUGCCCCGCACCCCUGGCAGGGACCUGAUGGACCGGGCAAUGGGCCUGGGCAAGUCCCAGAACAGCACCGAGAACGUGCCCGUCACGCCUGGCAGCGAUGCCCCUCUGACUGGCAGCAGCCUGGUCAGCCUCAGCUCCCCCCACAUAUCCGGCAGCCCCUUCUCCUACCCUGCCCAGUCCCCUGUCCUGAGUGCAGGUAUCCCCCGAACCCCCGGCAGAGAUCUGACCUUUACCCCUGUCUUCCCAGACCCCACAGCCCUGGCUGCUGGCCUUCCCAUCCACCGGAAAGCCUCUUCAGAAAGCCCGCUGUUCAAGGAGCCUCCACUCAGCACCUUGGCCAGUCAGACCUUGCCCCCCGGCUCCCUCCAGGGACAGGCCUUAACCAGCGUGCCAAAAGACCUGCCUGCUGUCCCGGCCUUAGACCUCCCAGUGCCCCCAGACAUAACCCCGCCUAAGAGGAAGCCUGGGAGACCCAAGAGUAAAAAGGCUGCAGCUCUGGCAGCUCUGGCAGCACUGACUUCUCCUAAGACUGAGCCUAUGGAGCUCUCGGCGACUCCCACCUCCAUGCCCCCCUCUUUGCCUCACGAUGCCCAGCUCAGAGAACUCUCUGCAGACACGGCUGCUGCAGCCACUCUUCCUGACAUCCCCGGCUACGUUGGGCUAGACUCCUCCACAGUGGGCCUGGACUUCCGGGAAGGGGAGCCAGAGCCGCAUACGGCUCUGCCCCUUGACGACCGGUUCCUCCCCUAUGAAGAAGAGGAGUGUGUGCAGAAGCCUGCCCGUAAGGUGCGGCGAGGGUGUGAAAAGCUGCUGCUGGCCAGCCACUCCCCUGCGACCACGCCGCCACGGCCCCACUACGUUCCACGUCCACGCUCGGAGUUUGAGGAGAUGACCAUCCUGUACGACAUCUGGAACGACGGCAUCGAUGAGGAGGACAUCCGGCACCUGCAGGUCACCUAUGACAAGCUGCUGCAGCAGGACAACGGCAACGACUGGCUCAACGACACGCUGUGGGUCCAGCACCCUCCUACCAACAUCCCAGCGGUGAAGAGGAAGAGGAGGGACGAUGGCAUGAGGGAUCACAUGACUGGCUGUGCCCGUAGCGAGGGCUACUACAAGAUCGACAAGAAGGACAAGAUCAAAUACCUCAACAGCAACAAGCACCUGCUGGAGGAGGGGCCCAUAGACAUGCAGGGCAAGAGCAUUCCCGCGCAGCCCCUGGUCUCCACCAGAGCUGGCUCUGAGCGGAGGUCUGAACAGCGCCGCCUGCUGUCCUCUUUCAGCUGUGACAGCGACCUGCUCAAGUUCAACCAGCUGAAGUUCCGUAAGAAGAAGAUUCGGUUCUGUAAGUCGCAUAUCCACGACUGGGGUUUGUUUGCUAUGGAGCCAAUUGCUGCUGACGAGAUGGUGAUUGAGUACGUGGGUCAGAACAUCCGGCAGGUGAUUGCUGACAUGAGGGAGAAGCGCUACGAGGACGAGGGCAUCGGGAGCAGCUAUAUGUUCCGUGUGGACCACGACACCAUCAUAGACGCCACCAAGUGUGGCAACUUCGCCCGCUUCAUCAACCACAGCUGCAAUCCCAACUGCUACGCUAAGGUGAUCACAGUGGAGUCCCAAAAGAAGAUCGUCAUCUACUCCCGACAACCCAUCAAUGUCAACGAGGAGAUCACCUACGACUACAAGUUCCCCAUCGAGGACGAGAAGAUCCCCUGCUUGUGUGGGGCAGAGAACUGUAGGGGAACGUUGAACUAACGUUAGUCCCUGGCCAAGGGGAAACUCCCGGAAAACAACAAGCACUGUUACCAACCAACGUUGUUCCCCCAUUCCCUGGACACACACACAGAGACACCAUGCUAAAAACACAAGGACAAAAGAGGAGGGGUGGAAGAACCAGGAGAUGGGUAAACAACCCAUCGUCUGGAUACAGUGCAGCUACCGGUCUGGGACUCUUUUUAUACACGCAGAUAUUUACUCAAGAUUGUUUACGAUUCCAGGUGCUCUUUAAAAUGGACAUAAACAUGGGUUUUCUACUACUCUGCCAGUGACCCUUUGAAUUUCCACAAUGCUGUACACCAUCUGGCUUCCUGGUGCAGCACCCUUAAUUGUUUUGUGUUCUGUUCAGCAUGGUUCCCCCCAGGUCUGGUCUUGGCUUGUACAGUUUUACCUACUCCAGCUUUUCUCAUAAGCUUUACGGAGACCAUGUGGAACGUAGCCCCCCAUUUUCUAUGUACACACACACUUCUAGCUGCUCAUUAAUACUGUUGACGCGCACAAUGAAAACACUUGGCCGUGGGAGGGACACCGCUUCCCCCGUGGGAGAUGACACUAUUCUCACCAUUUUGGUGGUCAUAGUGGCACAUACAGGAAGUAGGUUUGGGGUCUUGAGAACUGGGUUUACCACCCAAGGAGAAGCCUGCGGGGAUGCCUCCAUUUGCUUAACCCACCCUUUUUGUUUUCAUAGUAAAUGCAGAAAACUGAUGUAAUUGAAGCUACAGAAUGAGUCAUUGUGUCAUCAAUUCACCAACAUGUGGAGAUCACUGGAGUGCAGAUGAAUCCACACCUGCUCAUUCCAGCAAACAAUAUAGAGUAUGCUGCUGUCUGUUACUUUAUUUAAACAUGAAGGAAUAUGUUUUCAGAGAUUUGUUAAAUGUUAUUCCAAUGG